CGUUUUUGUAUUCGUAUUUUUCAAAUAUUUUUUUAUUCAGCCUUCAAAUUAUUUUUGAAAGUAUUAGACUUUUCCUUGUACCCAUUCUGAUGAUCGAAAUUGAGAGACCUUGGAGGUCAAAGUCAAAAUCACCCGAAAGGGCAACCAUUUAUAAACGAGUGAUGGUUUGGGCGAAGAUGAGAUUGUUAGACCAUAUAGAUAAUAAAAAUGUGAAAUUCCAGAACAUAGAAAACUUAGGUCUAUCAAUGAGGAGCAAUUGGUACGAAACAAUUUGGUGAAGAGCUAGCUGGGGCUACAGCUCCACACCAAGAUUUCACGUCCUUAGCUGUUGGGAGUGUCUUCUAGUCAUGGGAAAGCAGAAUAGCAAGCUCAAGCCUGAAGUUCUUGAGGAUCUCAAACAAAAUACGGAAUUCUCAGAUGCCGAGAUCCAGGAAUGGUACAAGGGCUUCCUGAAAGACUGUCCGUCCGGCCACUUGUCCGUGGACGAGUUCAAGAAGAUCUACGGUAACUUUUUCCUUAUGGGGACGCUAGCAAAUUUGCCGAACACGUGUUCCGCACAUUUGACGCGAACGGAGAUGGUACCAUCGACUUUCGGGAGUUCCUUUGUGCUCUCUCGGUUACUUCCAGAGGGAAGUUGGAGCAGAAACUCAAAUGGGCGUUCAGCAUGUACGACCUGGAUGGGAAUGGGUAUAUUUCUAGGCAGGAGAUGCUAGAGAUUGUUACGGCUAUCUACAAGAUGGUGGGCAGUGUCAUGAAAAUGCCCGAGGACGAAAGCACGCCCGAGAAGCGCACCGACAAGAUCUUUAGGCAGAUGGACCGUAACAAAGACGGCAAACUAAGUCUCGAGGAAUUCAUAGAGGGUGCCAAAAGCGACCCUUCUAUCGUCCGACUACUACAGUGUGAUCCACAUACGCAGUAGUCUACUUCUGAUUCCUAAAUGUCCCCAAAUCACGCCUCCGUGAAGCUCCUCCUUCAAUGGGAAGGGCUGCGGCGUGAUCCUAGCCUCAUACAUCUCUAGGCCAAUCGAUCGGUGGAUGCAGUGUGAUAACCCCUCAGCUAUCUUUAGGCCACGCCUUCCUAAAGAUCCACAUACUAAGAAAACGGCUGCAACGAUUCUUUCGGUGGAUGCAGUGUGAUCGCGCCUUAAUUAUCCUUAGGUCAUGCCAUCGUGAAGCUGCACCUUCUGUGGAAGGCCACGCCACGCCCCCUAAAGCGCCGCUUACUGGUAGAGGGGCUACUAUGAUUCGUUCGGUGCAUGCAGUGUGAUCGCGCCCUAGGCCAUGCGUCUAAGCCUCAUCCUUAGAGUGAGGGGCUACAGUGUGAACCCUACCCUAUGUGUCCCCGCCUUCCUUUAGUCAUGCCCGUCUGCUGCUGAAGCUCCGCCUUACUAGGGGAACAGUACAACUCGGUUGCUUCGCGGACAGAUGCGCAUCUAGAUUCUAGACUCUCAAGAACUGAGCAGGUUGCCGAGUGUUAUCGUUCUCGCUUAUCGAAUGCGAGGGUUUCUGAUAUCAAAUGGAGAAGAGGUCUAGAUCUAGAUGUCUAUUAGACGUUUUGUUAUGUUGUAACGUGGUGCUGCAUAAAUCCUAAUCUAAAAUACUAAAAACAGAGAUAAUGAGAACCAAGCAAAAGUAACUUUUAAAUAUGUAUGGAACCUCAAAAAAUAUGACAAACGCAAUGAAAAAGAAUGAGCGAACUGUAGCAAUUGAAGCGCGUACUACCAGUUCAAAUAACCGCUCACAUGAAGCGUUAAAGUUCAUUGGUUUUUAGAAUGCGACAACGUCUGGCACCACUGACACAUGUUUUGUACUUCAGUAGAGUUUAGAGAAAAACGUUCCUAUUUCAUUAGAUAUUAUCUGUUUCAUUAUUCUUUCGUGAUAUUGAACUGAAAAUUUAGUUUUAAUAAUAUAAGUAUUAUAUUACUAGAGAAGUGACGUAAUCUUAUAGGCGAUAUCUAAUAUGUGUAUUGGUUUGUAUCAUAGUGAUACAAAUAUAUUUAAAUCUGUUUCUGUAAGGUUUUUCGAAUUCGCACGGAUUUCUAAUUUAUUAUAACGACAAUAAUUUAGGGAAAAUGAUCGUUAUCUCUCUGUGGAGUGACCGAGGCUGUCAAACAGAAUAUGCAGGGUAAGUCAUUCAAACUAACAGUUACCUGAAUAUUGUUCAAAUCCGACAUAAAGUGGAUGUAAACACAGUCAUGGAAGUUGGACAAGGUCAAAGAGUGCAACUAAUAUGAGUAAAAUAGCAAGAUUUCCGUCGGAUCUUUGCGAUUGACCCAAAUAUUUUGAUAUUGAUUCGAUAGACUAUUAUACCGGGUGUUCGCUAUACAAACAAGCUUGUUCAAGUCUUUUUAAAUAAUUUCUUGGGAAAUAAAUUAGCCAAUAACAGAUACAUUUGUUUUCGAGAAGUACAAAAAUAUUCAGAGGCAUUGGAAAAAUCUUCAGGACCUCCAAAGAGACACCGUUAUUGGAUUUUUCUGAUUUUUCAUUUGGUGAAAUCAAUUUUAUAUAUUAUUUAAAAAAUGUUUAAUUUGGCCACGUUUUAUAACAGACCCCAAUAAAGAUAUUGUUAUGAUUGUUAGCUUGGAUGAUUUUUUCUGUGAAAAUAAUAUCCCAAAAUUAUUUCUCCUUCCCAGGCACCCUCUAAAUGUGAAAGACAACAGACUUUUACACCUUUUGCGUUUGCAUACCUUACUCUCUGCGUCAAACUCUUGUGUGAUCGCGAGGAAUUUUGGCAACGUCCCAGUUUGACAAGUUCAGUAGCAACAAUCUUGAAUUUUACAUUAUAAAAACAUGUUUUAUAUAUUAAAUUUUUGUACCUUUAAACUAUAUCUUAUUUAGGAGCCACAUUUUGGGACUGAAACAGUAGACUUUGAAAUUCUUUACAAAUGACGUAACAUUACGGACAAGAAUAGUUAAAACGAAAACCUGUCGGGUUAAAAAACAAAGGUACGUUAUCAUUCCAAAAAAUGUAAUCAAACAAAUUUUUGGACCUCAUAGAAUAUGCUUUUUAGCUUGUCAUAUUACUGAUGAAAUUGUUCUAUAUCUUAUGUUCAAUCACAUCUAAAUACUUUAUGUUCGGUGUGAGAUUUUCAAUGUAUUAUUAUUAUUAUUGUUGUUUGAAAAUAGAGAUUAUUAUAGUCAAGAAAACUCAUUUUAUGAUAUAUUAUUCAGUUCUAGAUCUCUGACUCCUUAUUAGCCUGUUUAGCCGAUCUACUUUCCCUUUGUGUGGUUUAUAUAUCGCUCACUCUGAGUGUCAAUUGUCAACCGAAAACUGAGGAUCUAGCUAAACCCUCGCAUAGUUUUAGUUAAUUUAAAUUUAAGCUAAGAGAUUUUUGACUAUAUUCUAGGGGAAGAUUUGUUAUGAUUUCCGUAGAAAGUUCAUCAAACUGACAACAUUGCAUGAUGUUAUCAACCGGUUCGUUAGAAAGUACGUUGAAGCAAAGCUAUGGGAUUGGUUCAUACCGUAACGCAAUGUUGCCAGCUUGACCAGCUUUCUACGGAGAUCUAAGGAAGUCUUCCAUUCUAAGUAGUGAAUCCAGAUUGAACUUUUCCAAGAUCGAAUAUUUUAAAACGCUUAUUAGGAAUUGUUAAAUCGAAGUUUCUGUAGUACAUUUCCUCAAAACGCUUUUGGAAAAGUCCAGCCUGGAAAAAACAUGGUACUUACUGUAAUGAGAUAGGUGAACAUGGCCCUUCAAAAUUAAUGGAUGUAGUUAAAAAAAAGGAUAUAUUUGAUAUAAAAAGUAAUUGAAAGAAUUAAAAUUAUUCUGUUAUAUGUCUCAAAACAUAUGGACAAUGUGGGCAAAGUUAUUAUUGAAUUAUUGGGUGAGUUGAAGCAUGAAGGUUUCGUGCCUUUUUUUUUCAUUUCACAUGUGUAUCCUAUUCCUAUCUCAUUAUGUUAUUUACCUGUCAGUUCGAUUUUCUCAAAACUUCUUCGAUAAACUUAUAUCCCAACUUUUUCUCUUCUCUAAGAUAAUAUUGUAACUAUCUUUCUCGAAUAUUCCUACUCUCUUACUCUUCAGCUAUAACAAUUAAUGUUACUGUUUUCAAAGUUUUUAUGUGAUUCAAGGGAAGUUGAAUUUUUGAGUGUAGUCUGAUGAUACCUAUUUUGUCGUGUUUACAGAUAGCUCUAAAGACCUUUGCAGACAAUCUUGCACAUUUUAGAUUAUAGCAUGCUACUCUCAUAUGCCUCACAAUUUUGAGAGCAAGGAAACAGUUUGGCAACAGUACAAUAGAUUUGUGGAGCUUCUUUUCCAAAAAACCAUUGUGACAAACCACGAGGUUGGAAAAAUAACACGUGGUAUUUUUUAAAUAUUAGGCAUACAGUAUAAUCUACAAUGUAAAUAAAGUGUACUGAAUGCUCUGCAAUGGUUUUUAUAACUAUAUAGUUACUUUUAUACGGCGCUAGAAAUGGCAAAACAAAACAGUAAGCGACCGAUUUAGGGUUUUUUCGAUGUAGUUAAGAGUAGUUUUAAGAGGUCGCUUGUCUACGACAGCUCGCCAUAUUUGUCUGCAGUUUCUUUGCCAAGCAAUAGUAAUGUCUCUUUCCUUUAUAGAACAUCAAAUAUUUGGAGCAGGAGAUAUAGAAUCAUACUUCAAAAUAUUCCUCUCCUCUAUUUUCUGUCAACCCUUAAGUUGGACCAUUGGUUAACGUAUUCUACUUGAAGAUAUUCAUUAAUGUAUUUAGGCAUCUUAAAAGGGACCUGGAAGAUACUAGCGCUAUCUAUGAGGUAGUAAUAAAUCACAAAAAUCAAUUUAGAACUAUACUUGAGGAAGAGUUAGAGUGUUUGCUUUUGCUACUGUUUCAGAUAUGAUGUUUCCAGAUAGCACAAGCACGUGGAAAUAACGUUGCAAAGUGGAAAUGACCAGAAAUGACGAGGUGAAUGACUUAAAAGUAACAUAAAAAUGACCUAAUGUCACAUGCCGAUGACGUCAUAUGGCAGACGUCAAUAAUACGUUUAUUAUGUAUAAUGAAUAAUCAGUUUUAGCUUGUUUAAAUAAUCAUAUAUUGUGCUACCAGUAGUAUUACAUAGAUAUAGCACCAUUGCAAUUCUGGCUCGAUGCUGCUCGCCUAGCGAUGAAAGACGACCUAUUACUCAUCUCUCACUUUGCCAUUUCGCGUGACGUUUGGGAUCGGAAUACUAUGCUAGGGUUGCCAUUUCUAUACACAGUACGUGGAGGUUGGAGUAACGAGACGCGGCCACCAAGUACAAAUGGCGGAAGCGAGAAAGAAUAACGUCGAUUACAGCGAUCCACGAUUGUCGUUCACUAUCUAUUGUCACUCGAUACAGCGUUGCUAGAUUAAACGUAGAAACACUUCCAAGAAUACUUAAUACAUUGGAUAGCUAAAAUGUGAUAUAUAUUUUUUGUUUUUUUAUGUUCUAUCUAAACGUUCGUCCAAUAAGGUCAUUUUUUGUUCAUUUUGCACUCGCACUUAUUCUUAAAAAUCAUUAAAUAAUAUAUAUCGAAUCGCUAGAAAUGUAAAAGAGAAAUGAAAUAUUAUACGGCAACACCGUAAUAAUUUGUUAUUUUAAACAACUUUGGGUUGGUUUGAGUAAACGUGAUGCGGGAUGAAAUGAGACAAUUAUUUCUCUGACUUGAUCCGUUUUGAAUCGGAGAGAUUGAUUCUAAAUGAACAAAAAAAUCAUACGUAUGGGUGAUCACAACGUCAAUACACGUACACAACUGGUGAGUAGACGUCAUUACUACAUCCAUAUUUGGAUCAAUCACACCAGUUGACGAGUUAUUACCAGAUUUCUCGACGUCAUUCUGACGUGCUUGUGCUAGCUGAGGCUAGGAUCUUCAAUCCCUUUUAGGCGUGUCGAAUACCUAUUUUAAUUGGGUAUGUUUAGGCAUUGAUUAACGUUUUUCACCUGAAGAUACCAUUUUAAAUUAGGCAUUAGAGAGGCGUCAAAAGCGACUGAGGAUCUUAGUGGCAUCUAUCAGACAGUAACAGAACCAAUGUAGCUCUGUUUCAGUUUGAUUUUUGAAGUCAUUUUUGUGUUCUGUUACUGUAGAUGGCACUAGUAUGUUUCAUAUCGCUUUUGGGACGCCAGAAUACAGUAUGUGGUUGGGUGCCUCCAAGUAGAAUACGUUAAUUAAUGAUUUAACACUUUUUUUUACAAAAUCAGUGUGAGCCGUUAUAUUUCCUGCACCAAGCCACUUUUCAAAUUUCCAUGUAACAUAUAGUGUAUUUUAUUUUUUUAAAUGUUGAAUAGUAGAAAUUACACACCGUUUUUCGGAUUGUCCUUGUAUACCUGCACUCAUUCACUGUGGUAUUUCAUAUAAGAAGAAAAAACGAAGAAACAAUUUCUUAUGUGAAGCCAAUCGCAAGAAAAAUUCAGAAUUGUUUUACACAAAAUGCUUAGAAGUGCCAUAUAUGAAGUUUAGUCAAUAGGCAAGAAUCUUUUUGUGUAAAAAUUGUUAUAUUUCUGAUUGGCAUAGGUGUUAAGAUUUUUGUUAAAAUAAAUGUACAUUCAAUGAAAAUGAAACAAAAUCCUCGACUAAGCUAGUGUUCCAAAAUCUGUUUGCUGACUAGGCUGUUUUAUUAUACUUAUUUGCUUACUAUGACGGUUUGUUUAGCAGUAAGUCAAAUUUAAAUAUCGAUUUGGCAACACUGCCGUAGUUUUUUUAACCAAUGGCGAUACAGUUAUGAUCUACUGUCAUUUAAACUGUCACUUCAAUCUCAGUUCACAUGGUUACCCGAUUUUUGAUAGAUUUGAUAUAAAUUGACUGACCCCCUCUUAACUUUUUGGUAUGAACUUUUAGAAAAAAAUCUAUGUAUAUCAAAAGGUGUAGUGCUUAAUAUAGAGUUUUUCAGGAAAUGUCUCAGAAAAAUACUCUCGAAUUAAGUUUUUUUUAAAAUUAAUCAAUCUGUAUAUUUUUAGUUAAAAUGAUAGAGCUUUUUUUCGUUUUAAAAAUACAUAUAGUCUAUUAUGCUUAUUUCAUUACUUUAUCCAAACGCUUGAAUUUUAUUAAAUCAUAAUGUAUCCCAACCCUAUACCAUAUUGCAUAAGCGUCUAGAUGCAAACUAGUUUGAAUUGGAAUAGGUACACAUGAAUAAAUGAAACACAAAAUUUGAGUUUUUGCUCAAACUAAUGAAAAUAAGUAUGAACUAUAUAUUUGGAAUCCGAAAAAAUUCAUUUACGCUAAAAUUAUACAUUUGAACGAAUUGAACUUCAUUCCAUAGCAUUUAUCUGAGCCAUUCUGUAUGUGAAAAUGAUGUUGCAUAUAAAACUUUAUAUUAGAUCCUACAACUUUAGUAUAUAACUUUUUUUUUCUAGAUACUCACUAUAAAGCGAGACACACUGUACAUCUUUGAUUUUGACUAGUGUUUUCAAGUAGCUUAUAACGAAAAAUUGUGUGAACUAGUUUUGAAGGUUACAUAUGUGAUUUAUUUUAUGACGUGUUGAAAAAACGAGGCCUAAAAAUAUACUCAUUGGAGUAAUAUCUAAACCUUCAAUAGACGUUUCUUUCAGUCACUUCCAAGGUUGAAACAACAAACCAAAUACUUUUGAAAUCAAGAAAAUAAUGAGGUGAUUUUAAACUUUGCACUCAGACUAAAGGAUCAAGGUCUAUAAGCAGUGUUUUCGGUCCUCGAAAUAACUCACUUUCAAGUUGAAAGUGUCCAUUACAUUUUUGGCAUUUAAAUAUUCUUUAAUGUAUAUUAACAUUCUUAUUUUUAAUUUCUUACUUGAUUGAUCUUUAAAAGCUCAAAGUUCACCAUUUUGGCAUUUUUGUUCAAAAUUCCAUAUUUAACUUACUGUAUGUUCGUGUUAUAUGAGCUCAAUGUCGCAACACUUUCUACUACAAAUCUAUAUUAAACUACACUAAGACACAAACCAUAUAUAAAAAUGAAAGUGUUGCUUCCCUGCGCUCACAAUAAAACCAAAAGUUGAAAUACACACAAUUGUAAUAAGACUUCUACUUUUUUUUUAAUAUACAUACAGUGGAGCAACACUUCACUUUUAUUUUUGUAUAUUUUGUGUAUCCGAUAUUUUAUUGUGUUACGACCAUAAUCUCAUAUAAAAAUGCUAAGUUAAUUAUUUGAAAAUGGCCUAAUUUUUGAUAAAAAAGCCAUAAUUGCGAACGUUAGGCUCUAAAAAUACGUAAGCUAAGAUAUUAAAAUUCAAGGAUUUCAUCAUUUAGAAAUAUGAACUUCUUCCACCCCCCCACCCUUUAUAGACCCUGAUCACUUUUUGACUUUGACAGCUGACCCUUAAUAGCUAGUGUCCUUACAUAAGGGCUUCUUGUAUUUCAGUAUAUAUGUUCUUAGAACCUUGGAAGUUGAUAGCAUCAGUACUGUUCUAAGUAACAAAUGAAGUUAAAAAAUAGUUUCUGUAUAUAGGGCCGUCCAAUAGGCCUUAGUUUUUCGGGACACAACAUUUUGUUGUUCCAUAACACGCAAAUACAUAAUGUAGACAUGCGAGAUCGGAUUUAUGUAAAUCUCCACUAUCUUGAGAUUUUUCCCUUCCUUACUGCGAGAUUGUGGUUUUAUCAGAUAAACUUACUUGUCUAUUAUACAUGUAAUAUCAAAAUAAACAUUGAUGAUAAACAUUAAUCAAAUGUUAUAUAAGUAA